UAGCAACAAGGCGCAAGAUUCAGCGGAACUUCCCGACGCGGUCCCUGGGGGUUGUAGUUGCUUGUUAGCCGCCGCGGCUGGUUUCGCACCCAGCGAGAGGACCGGCGUUGAACUACAGAGACCCGACAGCCCGCGAAGAAAGCCUAGCGGGGGUUACUCCCCGCGCGUCCCAAUGGAGGGAGUCCCAGAAACGGCCGGUAUAGCCGGAAGAGUUGCGGCGUGCAGCCCGGCGGGGUCCGCUUGGGGCGAGUGUCCGGGUUCGCCGAAUCCCUCAGGAGAAUCGGACUUGGCGCAGUCCCUGGAGCGGUAUCACCGAGGCUUACGCGAUCGUGCUAGUAAAAGCCUUGAUCAAUUGAAGUAUGUCUUCCGUGAAAAAGAUUCUGCCACAGGCGAAAGUGCAGCUACAUUGGAUCGGUUAUUUCCUAAUUCAGGCCAUGAAGUGAGUGAAAAUAAAGCUUGGCAGGAGCUACAGUACAGCCAUGCAGUUAAUCAGCUUAAAGCAUUAUUACGUCAACAAGAAGAAAGGGGGAGUGAAAUAUCACCCUCAAAGAAGAGAGGAAUGUCACCCACAAAAACAUCCAAAGCUACUGAUCACCGUUUGCCUGCCCUUUCGGAACUUGUUCCCAUCAUUAACGAUCAGUCUCAAUAUAUUAAUCAUUUAGAGGCUGAAGUCAAGUUCUGCAAGGAAGAAAUAUCUGAACUGAAAGCACGUAUACAUGUUGUUGUACUUGAAAAUGAGAAGCUACAAAAUGAUCUAAAAAUGGAAACAGAGCGGACUUUGAGAGAACAAACUGUCAUCAAUGCCUCAACCCUUCUCUCAAAAUCUGGUGGUAUAAAUGGUGAUCAUUCUCAUAUUUGUGGAGCUGCUAAAGCAUCUUGUCAUGUCACUGAGCAAGCCAAGGCACCUACAUUAGAAUUGGAAAAGUGGCAACAGGAACUGGAGAAACUAAGAUAUCUUCAUGAAGAAAAGACUGAAGUGUUUGAAGCUCAGAUCCAAUCUUUACGAAAAGCUUUAUCAGAGUCCCAAAAAAACUGUGAAGAGCUGAGUGGAAGAUUAAAACAUCAGCAUUUGAUCAAUGCAGCAAAUAGUUCUAAUAGGCCUGGUGGUCUUUGCUUAAAUUGUGCACAGCAUGAAGCGGUUCUUUCCCAGACUCAUUCAAAUGUCCAUAUGCAAACCAUUGAAAGACUAACAAAAGAGAGAGAUGAGUUAAUGGCAGCCCUUUCUACAAUAAGAAUAAACUUAAAUGAAAUGCAACAGAGGGAAUGCAAAGCUUAUGAACAAGUGAAACAAGCAGUACACAUGACUGAAGAAGCUAAUUUGGAAAGAACCAAGGCUUUAGUUCAAUGUGAACAGCUUAAAAAUGAAAUGGAGAGACAGAAAGAUCGCCUUGAAAAAGAGUUAGCACUUCAGCUAGAUAAGAGAGCUGGGGAGCGAGAAGCAGUUCGUGAAGAAAUGAAGAAAGAAAAAGAAAACCUAUCAUCACUGGUAAUGUCUUUAUCUCAGAAUGUUGCUGGUCUGGAGUCUCAGAUUGACAGGAUUACAAGGGAAAAGCUCUCCCUCACUAAUCAGCUGGAAGAAGCUCAGAACCACCGUGCUUCUCGUGAAAUGGAGAUCAAUAAGGUGUGUGGAGAAAUACGUUACGAAUUGAAUCAGACCAAAAUGAAGAAGGAUGAAGCAGAAAAGGAGCACAGGGAGUAUAGGACAAAAACAAUAAGGGAACUUGAAAUUAAAGAUCAGCAAAUUGAGAAAUUACAAGUAUUGCUUCAUGAAAACAAACAGCGCUUAGAACAAGCACAGCAGGAUACUGCAAAAGCUAAGGAAGAAUGUCUGAAACUAACAGAAUUGCUGGGCAAAGCUGAGCAACAACUGCAUUUUCUCAGAUCUGAAAAAGAGAACAUUCAGCAAAGCUUUAGCAAUGAGGCAAAGACCCGAGUCCUUCAGGCUCAGCAGAGAGAGCAGGAUCUGACACAGAAGAUGCGGCAAAUGGAGGCCCAGCAUGAUAAAACUGUAAAUGAACUGGAAUUGUUAUUGAGUUCCCAGAAUGCUCUUCUAUCAAAAUUAAAAGAAGAAUGUUGUCAAUUGGCAAAGAAGCUUGAACAUGUUACUGAAAGAAAUAGGUCGGAAAUCAGCCAGCUUAGUCAGGAAAAUGAGUAUAUCCAUGACAGACUUGAGAAGGUGCAGAAAAGGCAUGAUGAAUUGGAGGAUCAGUGUAUCCAGCAUGGAAGGAUGCAUGAGAAAAUGAAGCUAAGUACCAUAAUUCAAACGAAAAGCUUAGAGGAUUGGCAGUUUGGGGCAGAUGUGUGUCUAUUCCUCAGGCAUCAGUGGCUAUUACACCAGCUUGACAAGCAUUGCCAGUCUUCUGCCCAGCAGCUUGUGGAGUUACUCAACAAACAGAAUGAGUUAUACAAGGAGCGGCAAAUACUUACAGAAGAGGUGGAUUUUCUGCGAACUCAGUUAUCCUCUGCCCCACAGCCAUAG